AUGUUUCGAAGACUAUUACUUUUAUUAUUAGUACAUUUUUAUGUUCCAAAACUUGUUGAAUCGUCAAAUAUUCCAUGUGGUAAAUCGUUUAUACCGUGUGAAAAUGAUGUGUUGAAUCAGAAUCAUCAUCAAGAUUUGCAGAGUAUUGAUGAGAGUGAGUCAUAGAAUUUUGGGGAGGAACGUGUGAGAUUCAAAAAAAAAUUGAGCUAAAAUAGGCAUUGAUCUACAACAAAAAUAAGCAAAUUCUCAAAGCUUCCCCUAAAAUUGUGAUCGUAAAAAAUCUAUUUUACCAGAAUCUAGUCACAAAAUUCUGCUUACAUCAUUUGUGGUGGGAAAACCUUUUUUUUCGGGUAACAAAAAACAUUGCACUUAUGUCCUUGAACUUUUUCAACUCUUUUUUUCACGUCAUUCUCUAUAAUCAAAAAAAGUCCGAAAAGUUUGUGUUUGUUUAUUCACAUCAUCAUCAUUUUUCGGUAAUACAUAAUUACAAGAAAGAACAAGCGGAAAUUUGGGAGGAUGUUACGUAUCUAAAUAAUUUUCUGUUGUUUUGUGCCCUGAAGGAAUGAACGACGAUGAAAUAAAAAACAGGGGCGACCUUUUUAUUUUAUAAUUUCUUUGUGCGCGAAAUGAGGCAGAACAAAAUUGUUUGAAACCCGGAAGCGGUGGUGGGUGGCUGCUGGUUUGUGAUCCGAAGGGAAAGAGUGACUUUUGCAGAAAACAAAAAAUGAUGUGGGGAUUUUUAGCAGAAUGAGCCUAGAGUCUUACAGUAAAUUAGAGGCGUUGCAAAAUUUACAUUAGAAUUUUCAGCACCGUUCGUUUCUCAUCGAAUUCCCGAUGGUUUAUUAUUUGUGUCGGCCAAAGAGGCCGAUCGAGAAACGAAUCAAUUGUUCGAUUUUCGUGAUCCGGCAUAUCAAUAUUCUGGACAUGUUCUUUCUACAAGCACUUCUCAAUACACUAGAAUUUAUAAAGCCGAUCAAAAAGCAUCGGAUAGAAGUCGAUCCGCGUUCACUUCAAUUGCUAUUACGAAACGAUUGACAGCGUAAGCACUUUGCUAAAUGACCGAGGAAACUUUCGAUUUUUUUUCUGUCUCAUCUACUUUUUUUCUAGGCUUGGAUUACGAGAAAGAGAACUUCGAUUUGGAAUUUUGCCAAGUCAAAUUUCUUCAGCAAUUCCAAAUUGUCCAAUUCCAACUGUUGAUCAUUGUUAUGCGACAAAUUACAGAUCAUUUUCUGGAAUCUGUAAUAAUGUUGCACAUCCAGAAUGGGGAUCAUCUCAUACGAAAUUCGGAAGAAUAUUAAAACCAGAUUAUAGUGAUGGAGUAUCAGAUCCUAGAUUGAGUUUAGGAACUAAUAAACCUUUGCCAUCAGUUAGAGGAUUAUCAUUGACGCUUUUCACUCCACGAGGACAAGUAUGUAAAAUUACUUAAGAUGAGCAACUCAAAUACAUUUUUUCAGACACAUUCUGAAGUGACAACAAUGUUACCAAUUUGGAUGCAACUUAUUUCAUCAGAUAUGGUUAAUAUCGUUCCAUUUCAAUCAGUUACAGAUGGUCGAACUUCAUCAGCUCUUCCUUGUUGUAAACGGGGUUUUAAUCAUACAGAAUGUGAUGCAAUCGAAGUUCCAUCAGCUGAUCCAGCCUAUAGAACUCGUCUUAAUUGUAUUCCACACGCUAGAUCGAUUAUUGCGCCAAGAGAAUCGUGUAAACUUGGACCAAGAGAACAAGCUAAUUUUGCAAGUUCAUAUUUGGAUGCUAGUUUUAUUUAUGGUUCAACUAUGGAAAAAGCUAAACUAUUGAGAACUUUUAGAAAUGGUUAGUUCUAAUCAAAAACUAUCGAAAUUCUUUUUUUCAUUCUUCCAGGUCAAUUAAGAACAGCUGGAAGUAUUGGAGAAUUGCCAGCUACUGAUGGAACUCUUCAAUGUCAAGAUGAACAUUCGAGAUGCGCUAUUUCUGGAAGUGAUCAAGUGAAUUUACUUGCCAGCAUUGCAACAAUGCAUACUGUUUUUAUCAGACAACAUAAUCGAAUUAGUGAUCAGUUACAUAAUUUGAAUAGGCAUUGGACUGAUGAUAAAUUGUAUGAAGAGGCUAGGAAAAUCGUAUCUGCCCAGAUUCAACAUAUCACUUUCAAUGAAUUUUUGCCCAUAUUAAUUGGAAGAGAUAACAUGAAGUGAGAAUAUAGUUUUUUGGGGAACUUAAAGAUGGGCAUGCACCAAAAAUCAUGUUUUUUUCUUCAGAAACUAUGGAUUAAUUUUACAUUCCUCUGGAUUCGACUCAAGUUAUGAAAUGAAUAUUCAAGGAAACACAUUCAAUGAAUUUGCAGUAACAUUCCCAUAUUAUUUAUGGUCAUUAUUCCCAGCUGACAAAGCUUUCACUGAUUUCAAUAAUCCUUCGAGAUUAUAUGAACAAGGUCCAAUUCAAAUAAUCAAACAAUUAUUGAGUUCAAAUAUUUUGAAACCGAAUUUGAGAUCAAAUGAUGAGACGAAAAAUGGAUGGCUAAAGGAUAAUCAUGAAUUUGGACUUGAUUUGAUAUCAAUUGCUCUUAAACAAGGAAGAGAUCAUGGAAUUCCCGGAUUCACUCAAUUCAGAUCGGGAUGUGGUUUGGGAAGAAUUUCGAGUUUUAAUGAUUUGAAAGAAAUAUUUAAUGAUGAUAUUAGAAUUGAGCAAAUAAGUUCAUCAUAUUCUCGAGUUGAAGACAUUGAUCUACUUGUUGGAGUUUUGGGAGAAAAACCAUUGAAAGGAUCGCUUGUUGGACCAACAAUGGCAUGUAUUAUUGGAAAACAGAUGCAAAGGGUACUAGUUAAUUAAUUAUCUUUUUUUAAAAAGUAAUUGUUCUAGGUUCGUCGCGGUGAUCGUUUCUGGUAUGAAAACUAUUUCGCACAAUCUGGUUUUUCUGAACAACAACUCGCUGAAAUUCGUAACACAAGAUUGGCUGAAAUAAUUUGUUCCACAAUUGAUGUUCGAAGAAUUCAGAAAAAUGUUUUCUUCCGCGAAGAUAUUUUCGAGUAAUCCCUUUGAAUUAUUCUUGAGGGAAUUUCAAAGACUUUUUACAGUAACAUGGCGAUUUCAUGCAACUCUUCUGUUUUUGAUCGUGUCAAUUUUGAAGAAUGGCGAGAUUCAGAAGAUAAACCAGUUUUUCCGAUUCGUCAAGAAACGAUUGAAAAAGUCAUCGAAUUGGCUAAACGAAAUUUGAAAGAUCAAGAACGUCGUGAAAUAUCAAACUUGAAACACAGUGAGUUUAGUUUUUGGGAAUCAGAACUUCUAAAUUUGUCUAAAAUAGAUCAAGGAAGAUUCCAACGAGGAGAUCCACUGUUCGCAUAUUCAAAUAUGAUGAGAGCAAAGAAAGGAGCUAAACAAGUCUCUCAAAUUUCGGCUCUUCUUUUAGAAACCACAAAAUUGCUUAUCAAAGGGUUAGUUAUUUAUCAGCAAGAAACAUUGCUCAGAUUGAAUUUUCAGAGAAGGAUUAGAUGAAGACGAAAAAUUGCCAAAAUUAGAAACUGGAACUCUUCAAAAAAUCUUGCCUGAUAUUGAUGUCACAUCUUUUGUUAACAAUUUCACCGCAUUUUUAUCGGAGGAUGGACAGGUUUUUUUCUAA